AUGCUCAGCUCAAUUUUUCGUCCUGAUCUUCGCAAGACGCCCUUGGACCUGCUCACCAUUGCGCUGCUCGCCAUACAAGUGUUUCUGUACUUGACCAUGUCGCGUGCUACAGCACAGGUGUUCUUCCUCGUGUACUUUGCAUUUUGGCGCCUGUCCUACAAUGUUGGGCUUGGGCAUGUGCUACUGCGACAAAGCAAGUCCUCGUGGAUUGUGCGCACAGUUGAGAAGAAGGGCUGGAUGGAUUCCGCCCGCUGUCCCCGCACCAGUGCCUGGAUUCGCCAGCAAAUCCUUACCAAGAUGGGCCGCACGUACAAGUAUGAAGAGAUGCCGAUUGAAUUCAAUGUCUGGCUGCUUUUUCGAUCGAUCGUGGACGUAAUUUUGCUAAAUGAUUUCACUGCAUACUUCUUGUUUGGUAUUUCGCACAUGCACGGGCUUCGAGGUGGCAACGUGUACAUUUUUGCAUUUCGCUGGGCAGCUGGCUUGCUCCUCAUCAUCUUUAAUAUCUGGGUCAAGCUAGAUGCGCAUCGUGUGGUGAAGGACUAUGCGUGGUACUGGGGUGAUUGUUUUUUUCUCAGCUUGCAGAACAUGGUGUUUGACGGCGUGUACGAAGUUGCCCCUGAUCCCAUGUAUAGCAUCGGUUAUGCCGGCUAUUAUGGCCUAUCUCUUCUUUCGGGAAGCUACACGGUCCUGUUUGUUUCCCUUGCGGCGCACACGAGCCAACUGCUCUUCCUCGUAUUUUUUGAGAUCCCUCACAUGGAUCGAGUGUAUGGCGAAAAAAAGCCUAUCGCUUCGCGCGUCUCGUCAAAGUCAUCGACCGAUGCUGAAACGAAGGAGCCUGUUGAAACCAAUGUACAUGACUUGCACCAUCGCCUCUUUGCAAACGAUUCUGUUAUCUUCUCGCACAUGAACUUGUUCCGCGCGAACGACUUUUUGCUCGUUGUCUUUUUGCUCUACGCUUCGCUCCCGCUGCUCUUGUACCGCGUAGGUUCAGUUAUGGGCUUGUUGCUCGCCCUUAUCAACGUCUGUGCGUGGCGCAUAUUUCAUUCGUUCGGUCUCGGCAUGGCACUGGACGCACAGUCGCGCAACAAGUGGAUCGUGCGGCGUUUUCUUCGCUGCCACCACUACGACGAUCCACAUGAGGCCGUUUUUGAUGCAUUCCGGCAGUGGAAGGUCAUCUACAAUGCCUCCCUCAUCAUGACCUACAUAUCCUUCGCAACCCUGUUGGGCCGAUGCUACGUGCCUUCUGGGCAAGACUGGUUCCAAGGCACGCGUUUACUGCGCCAUGUACUUGGCGUCCUGCUUAUUCUUUUGCACAUCUGGAGCGCCCGCUCUUCUUAUCAAGUCUUGGGGCCAUUUGGAUGGCUGUACGGCGACUUUUUCAUCGACGGCUAUCCGAAACGCCUUUCCUACACGGGAAUUUACCGUUUCCUCAAUAAUCCCGAGCGCAGCAUGGGAGGUGCAGCCUUCUUUGGCAUGGCGCUCAUCAGCGGAAGUUUCUUGGUCGCUGGCGCGGCCGUUUUCUCUCACUUAUGCCACUGGUGGUUUCUUUCUUACGUUGAGAGUCCGCACAUGAAGCGCCUCUACGGCAGGGAAGUGCGCACAGACUCUGGCAUUACCAAGCAAAUGAAACAAAUUGCACGCAAGAACGGAUUUUUAUUCAAGCAGGCAUCCAAAUACACGUCUGCGUGGGACCUGAACGACGCACUCCAGCGCACCCAGACACAAGCAUUCACCACUUUGGAUAAAUUGGUAGCGCAAAGCUACCCUAAAGUGGAGCGAAUUGUGGAUGACACGUACGCUAUGUUGCUUCAACAGCGCGAUAGACUUGCUUCCCUCCGUACAGGAGAUGAAGUGCGUACGAUUGACCACUCCAGGUACUGCGUGUUUCCUAUCGAAUCUUCCAUUACCAACAAGCAGUGCUACUUUCUAGGGGAAGAGAUCCGUGUGCGUUGGACUGCCGCACGUAACCAUUCUCGUCGCGACUGGAUCGGCAUAUACCUUGUCGAUCCCGAGUCCAGCGAGCUGAAAGACACUUUGGUCACCCGCAUUUCCAGCAAUGGCUUAUGGGUUGGACUCGCAGAAGACGAGUGGGUGGGCAACGAGCACAAAGGCACCGAAGCAGGGCCUAUUGGCACCGCUGGCGUCUCGAAUGUGAACACGGAAAUGGAUCUUGUGCAAGGGAUCUCGGUGUUUGUGUGUAAUAAACUGCCUUGGAAAGUGGGCACGUAUGAGCUGCGCUACCAUCACGAUAACACACACGAGGUGCUCGCACGAAGCGAGCCGUUUGAAAUCUACGUGGAACGCCCGAGCGACCCAUUGUCCUUUGACGAGACCUACGCGAUUCUCACCAAGAUUGUGCAGCUUGCACUCGCCGACUCGCCGAAAGAGGCUGGGCAGAAUCCAUCGGCGGACCCCGACGACCUAACAUUUUGGAGCCAAUCCCAGGUUAAGCACAUUGCCGCAGGAAUCUACUCAGCAUUCGACAUCGAAUUUUCACCCAAUGUCGUGCUUGCCAACGCCAAUGUAGCUUCCUUGGCGCGGGCGACUGUAGAAGCACGCAAACUCUUGCGAUACGGAAUAGAUACAUGGUAG